AUGAGUCCCGGCUCCAGCGUCGCCCUGAAGAACAACUUCCACAGCCGCUAUGUCAGGCUGAACUCCGGCAGUGUGGACUCCGCUACCCAAGACACCAACCAAAACGUGAACGAUUUGACUUGGGAGCGCUUCACGGUCAUCGAUGCCGGGAAUGGGGAGGCGGCAUUGCACAACACAGACUGGAACCGCUUCCUGAGGAUGUCGCCUACCGCGGUGGAUGCGAGUCCCGUCAGGGCAGCCUCCGACUUGCCUGCGGACUGGGUUUGGGAACGUUUCCGAGUUGUCGAGCUUGCCAACAAUGAGAUCGCGUUGCACAGUACUGUGCACAACCGCUUCCUCUCGGUGGGUGCAGGAACCGCCCUCCGGAGCGAACCAAAGGCCUGGAACCAGCUGCCGACCGACUGGAAGUGGGAGCGUCUCAGCGUGGUGCGGAUGAAGUCCUUGGAGCCUGGUGAUAUUGUGGCCCUGCACAAUGCCCAAGCCGGAAAGUUCUUGAACAUGCUACCCCAGCCCGAUAUGGGGUCCAGCAGCCCUGCAGCAGCAACCAGCCUCCCGGCUAACUGGAAUUAUGAGCGGUUCAGAGUGGUGGACGCCGGGAACGGCACGAUCGCACUCCACAGCGCCGCCAUGAACCGCUUUGUGACGAUGCAUGGUUCCGACAUGACCGGCAGCCCUAUGAAAGAUGCUGCUGCUUUGCCCAGCGAUUGGAGGAGCGAGGUCUUUUCCGUCAAGUACUUCCCACAAUCAGGCGGAGAAGACAUUGCUUUGCACAACGGGCUUCACAACCGGUUCGUCCGCAUGACGGCGACGGGGGUCGACACCAGCGUCCAGAUGGACUUGCAGCAGACGCUGACCGAUGCCCAGUUGAGGUUCAAGGUCUUGAAACUGCCUGCCGACCUUACUAAAGCCAGUGAUGCAGCAUACACCGUGGAAGUCAACUGA